AUGAGUGAUCAACACCGUCCAGAUUUAGCCACCGAUGCAGUAUUUGUGGCAUCCGCACCUGUUCCUGAAGAUGCUCGCAUCGUCAGAGGUAUCGACUACUCGCAGGAUGCAUCUUACAACAUGGCCGCUAAGGACUUGGUCAAGUCAAUGAGCACUAUGGGGUUCCAGGGGUCCUCUGUCUCCGAGGCCUGUAACAUUAUUGAUGAAAUGAGAUCUUGGAGAGGUGAGCAUAUUGACGCUUUGAAGGCGAAGGAUGAAACCAUCCAGGGGGACUUCGAUGCUGAGGGCCGUCAGAGAGCCACCAUCUUCAUGGGGUACACUUCCAACCUUAUAAGUUCCGGGUUAAGAGAUACCUUGAGAUACAUGGUUCAGCACAAGCAGGUAGAUGCCAUUGUAGCGUCCGCCGGUGGGAUUGAGGAGGAUAUCAUCAAGUGUUUGGCGCCAACCUACAUGGGUGCCUUUGCAUUGCCUGGGAAGAAGUUGAGAGACGACGGGAUGAACAGAAUCGGUAACUUGUUGGUUCCAAACGACAACUACUGCAAGUUUGAGGAGUGGAUUGUUCCAAUUUUGGACACGCUUUUGGAGGAGCAGAACGCCAAGGCCGAGCUCGUGAAGGGCUCUGCUGCGGAUGUCUUGAACCCAGAGAACAAUGUCGUUUUGACGCCUUCCAAGUUGAUUGCCAGAUUGGGGAAGGAGAUUAACGACGAAACCUCUGUUUUAUACUGGGCCUAUAAGAACCAGAUCCCGAUCUACUGUCCAGCCCUCACCGACGGAUCCAUCGGUGACAUGUUGUUCUUCCACACCUUCAAGUCCUCUCCCCAGCAGCUCACCUUGGACAUUGUUGGCGAUAUCAGACGCAUUAACUCGCAGGCCAUGGCUGCUAACAGAUCCGGGAUACUCUUGUUGGGCGGUGGCUUGAUCAAGCACCACAUCUGUAAUGCCAACUUGAUGAGAAACGGUGCCGACUGGGCUGUCUUUAUCAAUACCGGCCAGGAGUUUGAUGGUUCCGAUGCCGGCGCCAGACCAGACGAAGCUGUUUCCUGGGGUAAGAUCAAGAGUGAUGCCAGAAUGGUCAAGGUCUACGCUGAUGUCACCGUCGUCUUCCCAUUGAUCGUUGCGGCCACCUUUGCCAGCGAAAGACCAAACUAG